AUGUUCAUGGUAGCUGUUCAUCAAAGAAACCCAUGCCUUCUUACGGGAUCCUGGGACCGAUUCGUCCGCAAUCUGCCUCAACCGCUGGGCUAUGACUUCCCCCUGCAGCGCUGGCGAGGACGCUUACCACCAACACCACAACAAAAAGCGAAAGAUAUUGAGCAGCAGAUUAUCGCACUCAAACCCGAGGCGACCCAGGAAUACCGUUCAAUGUGGAAACAAACUCAGGACGAAUGGUACCAGGUGCAAAUGGACCCGUCGCGAAUCGGUAUGCCCACGCUCGUCCACGCCGCGUAUCUCGUCAGGAACGGACCUUCGGCCCCGUACCCAGUGGAAUCUUCUGACGAGGGUGAUGACGACGUUCUGAUUCUUGGGUUCGCCUCCCACCCUAAGCGCGCAAGAGUCACCGAGCCUAUGGCCCCGAAGCAGAGCUCCGCGGUGAUCGAGGAAAUGAAGAGGUGGGUUUCGCCACCAGUCUCUGUCGAGCACGUUUCCGUUGGUCAGGACCACAUCUUCUCCUUCUAA